AUGGAGAAAUGGAUGAAGUAUGUAGACAGGAACUCUAAUUUCUUUCAUGAUUCAGUCAAGGCCAUCAGAGCAAAAAGACAGCUUAUUAAAAUCAAAGAUGUUAAUGGAGUGGAGCAAUGGUCAGAAGCAGCAACAGCUCAAGUGGCUGUUGACUACUUCUCAGAUCUUUUCAAGUCAUCCAACCCGUCAAGUUAUCAACUUUUCUUCCAUGAUAUGAGGCCCAGAGUUUCUGAAGCAAUGAAUCAAAGUCUCAUCUGUCAAGUUACAGAUGAUGAGAUUAAAAGUGCGGUCUUUAGCAUCAAAGCAUCGAGUGCUCCGGGGCCGGAUGGCAUGUCAGGACUGUUCUUUCAGCAAUAUUGGGAGGAAGUUGGUCCUAAAGUGUGUGUCAAAGUGAACAAAUUCUUUGAAAGAGGGGUUAGGCCGGUAGAUUGGAAUUUCACGUAUAUGUGCUUAUUGCCCAAAGUUCUGGAUCCGGAGACUAUGAGUGAUCUACGCCCAAUCAGCCUCUGUUCUGUGUUAUACAAAAUCAUAUCAAAGGUCUUGGUGACACGCCUACAGCUUCUGCUCCCUGAGAUUGUUUCAGUUAACCAAUCGGCGUUUGUAGCAGAGAGGCUGAUCACUGACAAUAUUGGGAUAGCUCAUGAAUCAAUUCAUGCCUUGCGGGUCAACCCUUUAAUCAUGAAUGAUUAUAUGGUGGUGAAAACGGAUAUGUCCAAGGCUUAUGACAAAGUGGAAUGGAGCUAUAUUCGGAGGCUGUUGGAAGCUCUUGGUUUUGACAUCAAAUGGGUCAAUUUGGUCAUGGUCUGUAUCUCUUCUAUAUCCUUUGCAGUACUGGUAAAUGAUCAGCCUUUUGGAAUGAUUAAGCCGCAACGGGGACUCCGCCAGGGAGAUCCUCUCUCCCCAUUUCUCUUUGUGUUGUGUACUGAAGGUCUAACGCAUCUGCUGAAUAAAGCUGAAAGUCAAGGGUUGCUAAAUGGAUUGAGCUUCUCUGACUCAGAAUGCUUCAGCGGCUCCAAGAUUGAGAUGCUUGGUUAUCUAAAAGGGAAGGUUAAUGGUAGGCUGAAUACUUGGUACCUGAGGAAGCUCUCGCAGGGGGGUAAGGAAGUGUUGCUAAAAUCGACGGCUGCGACUCUGCCUAUCUACCUGAUGUCGGUUUUCAAAUUGCCUAAAACAAUCUGUGUCAAUCUCUCAAGCGCAAUGGCAGAUUUCUGGUGGGGAUCAGAUGCUCAUAAAAAGAAAAUACAUUGGAUCGCCUUGGAGAAACUAUGUCUAACUAAAGAGAGCGGUGGAAUGGGUUUUAGGGAUUUAGAGGCUUUCAAUCAAGCUCUCUUGGCGAAACAGGCUUCGAAGGUGUUGUCUUCUCCUCAUUGCUUACUGGCCCAGUUCCUUAAAAGCAGGAGAGUGGGAGAUGGCAACUCAAUCAGGGUAUGGACAGACAAAUGGAUCGAGGAUGACACUGAUGGUUAUGGCCUCCGAGCUCCUUGGAUCAAGAACUAUACUUUUGAUGUCAACUUGAGAGCAAGGAGCCUUAUUGAUUUUCAAAACAGAAGAUGGAAUGUCCAAGCUUUGAAAGAGAUUUUUGUCCCCUCUGAUGUUCAAAUUCUCCUUAAACAUCAUCCUGUUACAGUCAAGGAGGACUUCUGGAACUGGAGAUUCAACAAGUCAGGGGCCUAUACGGUGAAAUCAGGUUACUGGUUGGCGACAAAGGAAAAGAACUUGGAGGUUCGUAGGAUUGCAGAAGCCUUGCCGUCAAUCAAUAUCCUUAGAGUACAAAUCUGGAAAGUGCACUCUGCUCCAAAAAUUAAGGUUUUUGUGUGGAAGGCAUUGUCUGACGCUCUACCAGUUGCUGAGAUCCUUAUUGCUAGAGGUUUGAAGGGUGAUGAAAGGUGUCAGCUUUGUGGCUUCGAAGGUGAGUCCAUGAACCAUGAUAUAUUCUGUUUUCACUUUGCAAGACAAUGUUGGGCGCUCUCAGAUUUACCAUCCCCUCCUAAUGGCUUCAAUGAGGAUUCAAUAUAUGAAAACAUUUCAUAUCUACUCAACUUGAGUAAGAACCAGAAGGUGGAGAUGGGACUUUCUCGAGUCUGGCCUUGGUUACUUUGGUAUUUGUGGAAGAACAGGAAUAGUUUUCUCUUUGAAUGUAAGCUUUUUGAAGCAAGGGACGUGGUCAAAAAAGCGAAAGAUGAAGCGGACUCGUGGUUUCUGGCGCAGCAGGUUCAAAAUCGGAUGGAGUUAACUAAGAGAGUAGAGGUGAGGGAACCAAUGGUUAAUGAGUCAGGUGUGCCAGAGGGUUGGGUGUUGUGUGAGAUUGGAAUGGACUGGUCUAAAUCAGAUGACAUCAUGGGUGCUGCUUGGAUCACUAAAAAUAGCAGAGGAAAAGUUUUGGAGCAUAGCAGACGGGCAUUCUCUGGGACUAAAACCGUUGGUGAAGCAAAGCUUCAGGUACUGCUGUGGGCUAUAGAAAGCAUGAAGAGACUGAAGAAAAAGAAGGUGAGGUUUGUAUCUACCUUUGGAGACCUGGUGGAGGCAAUUGUGAAACCUCAUCGUUGGCCGGCUCUGCAGUUCGAGGUAGCAGAACUCCAAAGAGAGUUACAAGCUUUCGAAACAUGGGAACUGAGACUUGGAGUUUCGGAGAUGUUUAGAUGUGUAUCUUUCAUUGCGCAGAGUGUAAGGAGUUUAGGACUCUCUCAGUCCUAUGUCGCUGCUGGUCAUCCCCGUUGGUUGGACCAUUGGUACAGCAAUGAAAGAGUAACAUCUAAUGCUUUUAGGUAG